UAACCUCCACCCUUAGUUUGUUGUAAAAGAAAAAAUCUGGUAUAAAAAGAGAUGACAUGGUAUCAUUCGGAGAAUUUACUCGCGUUCUCUUGGUGUUUGGAGAAUAAUUUGAUGAAAAUGAAGAUCUUAGUAGUCUUUUACCUCCUGAGUAUAGCCUUCACUGCAUGGGCCACUUUUAUCGGAACAACAGCUGACAAUUCCUAUGGUUACGGUUACGGUUUAACAAGCAACAACUACUACAAGCCUUACUACACUACUUCAAAGCCAGUUUAUCUGAAUUCUUUCAAGCCUUACUACGGUUAUAAGCCUUAUUACGUAUCUGCAAGUACGUAUGACUACAAACCAAAUUACGGAUAUGGCAGCAUCUACGGUGGAGGCUACGGUUAUGGUUACAGACCCUACAAUUCAAUGUACAGGCCAUAUUAUGGUUACUAUAAACCAUAUUAUGCGUAUAAUCCUUAUUAUUAUGGAAGCUAUCAGCAUGGUAUAGGUUAUUACGGUCACAGAAAUUACGAUUAUGGAAUCGAUUGGUAAAAAUGCCAGACUUUCGAAUUCAGAACAGCUGUGAUUUACUUUCAAAAAUAGCUUCAAAUUGCAGUUAUUUAGACAAUUUGUUGCACAAUUCAAUAUGCUAACGAAAGCAAUAGAAAGGUUUGCUUUUUAUUUUGAACUUUUCAUGUAAAACUGUGUGUAAUUUGGAAGUAAGGUGACAGAUUUGAAGACUUUCUUAUAAAAUUAGAAUGUCCUAUUUUGUCUUCUUACUGUGUUGCAACUUUAUUAUUAUGAAAUUUGUUAAUUUAUGCUGAGAAAUAAAGAAGGUUUUUAAUGAAAA